CUUUUUACGAACGAGAGAGAGUUUAAACUGUUGGCGCACUAAUUGGAUUGCUUUUUCGAAAAUAUUUUUUCUUAAGGAAUUUUGUCUUCGUGUUGACAUUUGUAGUGUUUCAUUUUCAGCAUGUCUAUGUUAAGCGAAAUCUAACAUUCGAGCCACUAAAGAUCUUCGCAAAGUACGCUUCUGAAAUUUCGUUCUCUAUUCUAUAUUAAUUUAGCUGAGAAAAAGAAAAUUUGUUAGAAAAAUAUUUCUUGAAAAUAUGACCCACGUAAUCACUCCUACUUAAAAAGGAAUAUACCGAAUAGAAGAAAAAUGGCGCAUUUCCAUUAGUGUUGGUUCUGUUUUUAGAUAUGCUGACAAUUGAAAUCAAAUUUGCAUACUAUUGCCGAAUAAUUUGCAUAAUAUAACGAGUGAAAAUAUUGCCGACUUUUCUUUCAAAAUGGAAAACAAACGUAAGUUCUGUGAUGUUGAAUUACAGGAAGCAAUGUUUAUCAUCGAACACGGUAUGCUUGAAGAAUUUGAAUGCCUGUUAGAAGAAGGCCUUGAUCCUAAUGCAAUCAUAGUCGAAGAUAGUUCCAGUAAGAUGAUACACAUAGCAUCUCUGUUUGGCCGAUGUGAUAUAAUUGAAUUGCUUAUAACAAAAGGAGUUGGCGUUAGUGAAACUGAUAGGCAGGGGCGCACACCCUUACACUACGCAGCAGAAAAAGGGCAUUUAGAAAUUGUAAAGAUUUUACUCAGAAAUGGAGCAAAUGCGAGUGCUGAAACUUAUUAUAUGGGAUCGAAAUACUGCCAUAUUGCAUCCAGAUUUGGUCGUAGAAACAUUCUAGAAUUUUUUUUCAGUGAAGGUGGUGAUGCGAAUGAAACUGAUAAAAAUGGAUGGACAUUAUUGCACUGUGCAGCUCUGAACAAUGAUGUGGAUAUUGUGGAAUAUCUAGUCAAUAAUGGUGCUAAUAUCCAUGCAAAGGAUAUUAAUACAGGUACGAAACCCAUACAUACUGCAUCGAAAAAUGGUUGCGAAAAAGUUGUAGAUUAUUUUUUACUUAAAGGAGUAGGUGUUGACACGAUUAAUAAACUCGGUUACACCUCAUUACAUUUAGCUGCAUCUAAGGGAAAGCUUGAAACAGUUGAGGUGCUUUUAAAACAUAAAGCCAACAUUCAUGCUGCUGAUGACGAAGGUAAUCAAGCAAUUCAUUUUUCUUCAAAAUAUGGACACAGAGAUGUACUAAAUUUCCUUCUUCAUAAUGGUUCCAAUGUUCAAGAUGUCAAUAAAAAUUUCUAUACACCUCUACAUUUUGCAGCAUUAAACGGGCAUCUGGAUGUAAUUCACGAUCUUAUUGAAAAUGGAGCUAAUAUAAAUGCCAAAAACAAAUAUGGUGAGUCUUCGUUACAUUUUGCAGUCAAAUCGGGCAAUGUUAAUGCUGUAGAAUAUUUCCUCACCCUUGGAUUAAAAAUAAAUUCCCGAGAUGAUGAUGGCUGGACUCCAUUGCAUUAUGCUUCAGAAAGCGGCCAUAUAGGAGUCAUUGAACUGUUAAUUAAUAAUGGUGCGGACUUCAACAGCAAAAGUAAUGAUGGCCAAAAGCCUAUUCAUGUGGCGGCUGAGAACGGGCAUACGGUGUCAGUUGAGUUUUAUAUUAAUAAAGGAUGUGAUGUUAAUGAAUUAAAUACGAAAUACCAUUGGACGUGCUUACACUAUGCUUCUCGAGAAGGUUUUCUUCAAAUGGUUCAGUAUCUCUUUGAUAAACAUGCUGAUAUUCACGUUGAAUCCAGUGAUUAUGGAAAAGCUAUUCAUAUCGCUGCUUCAAAAGGACAAACUAAAAUAAUAGAAUUUUUUAUUUCUAUUGGAAUGAGCAUUGAGGAGCCCAGCAGUAAAGAAUGGACACCGCUUCACUGGGCUUCAAAAGGGGGUAAAUUAGAAACGAUUGAAUAUUUAGUUCAAAAUAAAGUAAAUAUAUACGCAAAGACUUAUGAAAAUUAUAGCGUGUUGCAUCUGGCUGCAAAACAUGGACACAAAAAUGUAAUAGAGUAUUUCUUGAAUCUAGGGCUUGAUUUUAACGAGCGGAACAAAAAGGGUUGGAAACCUUUACACUAUGCUGCGUGGAAGGGGGCCGUUGAUAUUGUCAGUCUCCUUGUCGAAAAAGGUGCUGAUUAUGAUGAAAUGUUUGAGAGAGUUGCCAAACCUCUACACGUUGCAGCUCAAAAUGGUCACAUAGAAGUUAUUAAAACUUUUAUUGAACUUGGGCAAGAUCCUAACUCAUUUGAACCAGAUAAUAAUACUCCACUGCACAUAGCUGCCGAAAAAGACAUAAUUAGCGUUAUAAAUUUCCUCUUGGAAAAGGGAGCCAACCCUCACAUUAUAAAUUCAGAAGGGGAAAAACCCAUUCACAUUGCUGCGCGUCAUGGUAACAAGAAAGUUGUUGAGUUGUUUCUCAAUAUGGGUAUUAGUGUAGAUGAAAAGAGUAAAGAUGAUUGGACACCUUUGCAUUACUCCAUUAACAAUCAACAGUUAGAGCUUGUAAAAUAUCUAGUGAAUAAGAAAGCGAACAUAAGAUCGAGAACCAAUGUCGGGGUUUCCCCUUUAUGUUUAGCUGCUAUGUUCAGACCGCUUAGAGCCAUUUACAGGCUUUUAUGUAAAGACGAAGACGACUUUUAUGAUUUAAAUUUCAGGAAUAGGAAUGCUAAUGAAGAAAUUUUAAAAUUUCUGAUAAAGGAAGAUGAUGAAAUCAACGCUGUUAACAAGCAAGGUUGAACUGCUUUGCAUUAUGCAAUAGGAGAUGCCGUGGGCAUGAGAGUGUGCUAUAUUGUUGAAAAGUUAAUUGAAGCAGGUGCCAAGCCAGAUAUACAAGAUACUGAUGGAAACACACCUCUACAUCUCGCUAUUGAAGAACGUUAUACUUG